AUGGUAGGUGAGAGAUCGUUGUCGGAUCAUUGUCUGAUUUGGUUGGCGGGUAAUUUUCUGGAUUGGGGGCCAAAGCCUUUUAAGAUGUUCAAGUGUUGGUUCAAUCAUGAGGAGUUUCUUCCUUUUGUGGAGAAAGAGUGGAAAGCCAUGGACAUUCGUGGCAAACAUGAGUUCAUUCUUAAGGAGAAGCUUCGCAUUCUUAAAGCUAAGUUGAAAACUUGGAAUAGGGAGGUGUUUGGAGUGCUCGAUUUAAAGGUUGAUAAAGCGGUAAGUACUCUUAAUGAUCUUGAUUUGUUUGUGGCUAAUGCGGGGAGGGGCGAUUUUUGGUGUGAUUCUUUGUCGUCUAAUAGAGUGGAGGCUUCUAAGGAAGUGUGGGAAGUGAUGUUAAGAAGGGAGAGCAUCUUAUGUCAAAAGUCUAGAUGUAGGUGGAUUCAAGAAGGGGAUGCUAAUUAUAAAUUCUUUCAUUCUCUUAUGCGUGGAAGAUUUAGGAGGAAUAAUAUUGUGAUUCUUAAUUCGAAUGGUGGCCUUUUAGAGGAUGUCGAAGCGAUCAAAGAUGAGGUGUUUGACCAUUUUACACAUCGGUUUUCGGAGCCGUGUAUGGGUAGACCGGUGUUGGAUGGAGUUGGUUUUAACGGUUUGUCGGUGGAGGAAAGUAAGAUUCUUGAGGAGCCGUUUUCCAUGGAGGAAAUAAAGAAUAUUGUUUGGCUUAGUGAUUGUGAGAAAAGUCCGGGUCCGGAUGGUUUUCCGUUGGGGUUCUUUAAGAAGUCUUAG